AUGAGUUCCAAGGACAAGGAGUUGACUAAAUCAAAAUUUAAGACAUUCUUGAAGAAUGCCAAGAAUCCGGCAGGUUCCAGCAGCGAAAGAUCACUGCGCCCUGAAACCGAAUGGGAGUUACGGCCCGAACAACCGGUGGCGCAACGCUGUAAAUUCCUUAAAGAUCUAAGUGAUAUUCACUUACCCUCUCUCAAUUUGGAUGAAACAGCCAUAGUUAAACUAUGGGAUACAACCAAAGAUUUAUUGGUGCCUACCAAAUCCGCUGAAUGUCGUCAAACGGCUUUGACAUUCUAUAAACGUCUGAUCUAUACACAAUAUAAAAAUUUAACCUAUAUGCGGGAGCAAUUCUUUUUGGUAAUACAAAAUCAUGAAGUUCCCGAAGAUUUGAAGCAUCGCCUGGAGCUAUUGGAUACGCUGACGGAGAAUGGUAAAGAUAUUAAGAAUUUGGAAGAGAAGAUUGGACGUUUUAUGUUGUUGUGGCUACCGGCCAUACACCAGGCCAAUCUGUUGCGACCCUAUUUGGAUAUGUUAGGGAAUUUAAUCAAAUUUAAUGCUGCCCAUUUGGAUAAUGAUAUUAUCAUUGGUAUUGUACAAAAUGCCUGUAAUUUAAGCUGUUCCGUUUCGGAUGAAGAUAUUGGCCUGCAAUGUCUGAAUAUCCUUGAAAUGGUAAUGAGUUAUACGAUUUUCCCCAGUGAUCCUUUGCCGCAAUUUGUAUUCACCCUGUGUCGUACGGUUAAUAUUGGACCCUAUUGUCGUACCUCGUGGAAGAUCAUGAAAAAUCUGCUGGGCACCGAACUGGGUUAUCAUUCCAUGAAAAUGAUGUGUAACAUCCUAAAUGAUCGUUCUCUAUACGAAGAUGAAUAUUUGCUGAGAGGUGCAGUAUUUCAUUUGAAUAUGAAUAUAUUUGGUGCACCGCUGGUAUUUCAAGUAUCACCGCUAUUUUAUGCCUCAAUGGUGUUGAAUAGUUUUUUGAGGGCUCUGGAUAGCCGUCAUGUCUGUGUCACCUAUGAGGUCAUCUUGGGCAUACACAUUGUUAUAACAAAAUAUAAAUCGGAAUUACCGGAAAUCAUUUGGGAUCGUAUAUGUGAUAUAAUGUCAGCCAUAGUCGAUAACAUUGAAUGUUAUGAACGUGUCUCGACCACCACAAAUGAUCUGAAACACUUAAAAAGUCACUUCCACGAAAAUAUAAAUUGCAUCGAAAAACUGUUGCAGGAUGAGAAGACAAAAAUUCUGGCAAAUUAUGAGCGAAUUUAUGAUCUCAUUGAACGUGUGGCGGAAAAUCGUCCUGAAGCAUCAGUUCUGCUGCUAAUCGAUUAUCGUUCAUCAAAAAUAACUGCCACCCGACCGGAAUGGUUACAACUGUUGAAUACAUUUGUUCAACGUUUCUAUAAAAUGUCCAGUACUCCGAUACGGAUUAAAGUCAUACAAAGUCUGGUGAAUAUUAUGGAUCUAAAUCGUUCCUGCUAUGAGGAGGAAAUUUUAGAACGUGUAGUACUGCCGCUGUUCGGUCAAGUGUGCAAUGAGACAGAUGUCCAAUUACGAUGUGCCGUAGCAAAUGCUUUAAUUAAUUUUGCCCGUCACUGUGAUACGAAGCGAUGCGGUGAACUGCUGGAUCUACUGGAGAAAAUCAUAAAUCGUCCCUAUGAACAGUAUAAAUUAAACGGGGUGGAAAUUAAAAAUGAACAGGAUAUUCUGGAUGUGGUGCAAGCUGUGGAUGGUCUGAUUGAGGUUUUCCUAGUGAAAUUGUAUCGUUUACCUUCGGCUCAUGCCAUAAAGAUUUUCAAUAUUUUAAUUGGCCAUCUGGAGUUGCAUUAUAAUAAUCCCAAGGUCUUUGAGCAGAUCAAUGUGGUGAGGUAUAAGAUUUUCUCUUGGAUGUUAAAGGCCCGAGCCAAUGCCCUGUAUCACAUUGGCUUUCCCGAUCCUUCUAAUAAUGAUAAUAUCAAAUAUAGUUAUUAUUUGGGUAUUGAUUCCAGUAUGCCGGCGGUCCACGAUAUUUCCGCACAUCAUCAUCAACCCCGCCAUCAGCUUAUGUCUCAGCUAUCGGGUCAUGAUCAAAUUGUACCCAAUCCCCAUUUCACCACCAUUUCCAUAAAACGGGCCUGUGAAAUGAUUGUCAAGUGUUUGGAAAAGGAUAGGGAUUUUCAAAUUUUCCAAUUGGUCAUAAAGGAAUUGCCGAAAAUAAUGCAAAAUAAGGCUUUGAUUCAGGGCAAUGACAUCGAAUCCCUGGCUGCUGCUUUGUUUAAAAUUAUUUUUGAAAGCAAUAAGACCUUGCAUAUAACCUAUAAAUCGAGCAUAGAUGAAUUGAAUUCCCUGGUCCUGCCGGCCAUUGCCUCCUUGGUAAUCUAUCAUCAAUAUAUUCAACCCUCAAAUCAAUAUAAAAUUAUUGAGGUCUUGAAAAUUGGUAUCCUCUCGGGUAUUGCAAAUAUUUGUAUAAAUACCAUGACCACAAUUAUAUUGGAAAUGCCCGAGGCCCUGAUGCGUAAGCUGCCGGAUAUUCUGCUGCAAAUGUCGAAAAUGUCCGAUACCCCGGCGGUGGCCAUAUCGGUAUUGGAAUUUUUGUCAAUUCUCAGUCGCUUACCCAAUGACCUCUUCACGAAUUUCACACCACGCCAAUAUAUGUAUGUCUUUGCCAUUUCCCUGGCCUAUACCAAACCACAUCGUUAUGAUCAUUAUAUUGUUUCGCUGGCUCAUCAUGUCAUUGCCGGUUGGUUUUUGAAAUGUAAAUUGGAGCUGCGUAAAAAUUGUGUGACCUAUAUCAUAUCGUCCAUCCAAUCAAACGCCAGCAUGCUGUAUGAGGACAUCAACAAGCUAUCGCGCAACAUACAACGUCAGGACCUCAACAGUCUAAAUGAGGAUUCGUCGAAUCGCAAACGAAGUACCAGCUUAACAGAGCGGGGUAGCCGUAACACCUCUGCCAUGGGUCGUAGUGAUUCGGAAAUGCGUCCCUUAAUGACAGCCAGCCUGAAAUCUUUUCAUGCCGAACUGGCCGAGACUUGUAUUGAUUUUUUGGCUCGCCACACUUUUUCACCAUGUUCGGCAUUGCCUAAACGCCUUCCCGCUGUAGAGCAUCUCCUGAAAGAUGGCCAUUCUCAAACAUGGCUGGUGGGUCAUAAUCUUGUUACUAUCACCACGUCCGGCUGUCCAUCGGCACCAACACGUAAUGGCCUAUGCGAUAGAUGUUCGCAGCUGGGAAAAGCCUAUACCCUUAGCCCCAAAAGUAGUACCGAUACAAAUCCCGGUACCACACCCCUUUCACCGGAAAUAAAUCAACAAAAUCAAGCGGUUCCGCCCACCUAUGAACAUCGUUAUACCAAAGUCUCUCUACAGCAUAGUAGUGGUAAUGAAUCGGCGGGAAGUACCGAUUUAACAUCCUCCUCUUCAUCGACAUCGCACACCACACAACGACAGACUUCGAAUAGUUCUACAGCUUCGCUCGAGGCACUUUCACGUCGAGGCUCUAACCCAGAGGCUGGUAGCACAGAUUUGGGGGUGGGUGGUAGUUGUGUUUCGUUGUUGGGCAAUUCGCUGUCCUCUUCGAGUGUUUGUGCCUCACCGAUUUGUGUGCGUUCGUGUACCGGUUGGGCUGAGAUAUUUAUACGCCGUCCGACGGGCAACAUUUCAUGGAUCACCCGCAUCCAAAAUCCCAUUUCGAAUGAAUGUUUUGGUUAUGAGGUGCCCUUCAGUAGCAUGGUUUCGCUGUUUCUCCCCACAGCCCAGGGAGGAGUAUUUGGUCCCGAUUUUAUGCAAAGUGAAAAUCUAAGUGAUUUGAAUAUUUCCAGUGAUUCAAAGGAUCGAACACCCACACCAAUACCUGUGGAGAUGCCCAAGCAGGACAGCAACAAAAGUGAAGAGGAGAGUCGCACAAGAUCCACUUCGAAAACAAGGCCUUUGUUAAGGCAGGAGGAAAUAUCCUCCUCAGCUGUGGCAGUGGCCUCUGCGGGUACCGCAGCCAUUGAUAUACCCAAGAAGACUACGGGAAAACGUGGCAAGGAAGCCCUUUGUGGCAGUGUUAGUGAUGGAGAGGCCGAUGAGGAGUACAUGAAUAUCGAUGGAGGGGAAAUGCGGGCCCGUAAACCAGUUCGCCGGGUUAAUUCAAGUCCCGAAAUGAGUUCGAGUUGGCGUAACACCUUCUUGGCAAAUAAACCAGCCCCACUGGGUCAGGAAUCUACUACGGCAUUGGAAUCAUCAUCGUCCACUGAUCCGAACCAGCAACAACAACAAUUACUACAACAGGUACAACAGAAAAAGAAAACCGUGCAAUAUAGCAAAGUUAGCUGUGAAGCUAUACCCGAAGAGAUUGCCGGGUCCACACCACCACAAAAUGUGGCGGGAACAAAUGAUGGCACCCUUAAGGCUCCGGAAGCUGGUACCUUACCACCCAAACAGCUAUCAGCCGAUGAUGUUAGUCAAAAAGGUUCAAGUGGUCAGAUUCCGGUACAACAAUCUGCUUCCUCAACUUCGUUGAAAUCUACAGGGGGAGGUGGAGCAGCAGAUGAGAAGGUUGUCAACAAACCUCCCCUCUCCCCGGCUCCACAACAUUCACCACGCAUGGAAAAGACCCAUGCCCCCGCUGUGAAAUCCACCUCUUUUGGUUCGCAUCAAGGCCUCGCCAAGUCCAGCAGUGGUGGCAACAAUGUUAAUAUGGCCUCAUCGGCCACUGGAGGUACCAGCAGUUCCAACAAUGAUUACAACAAUGGUGAAAUGCGUGGUCGUUCAAAAACCAUAUCUGUCGUUCGGGAAGUUAAUAAUGGCAAAACCCGACCCACAACCAGUUCCUUCUCACGGUUCGGAAACAACAAACCCCAAUUGAAUACCAAGCUAUGCAUCAAUCCAAGUUUUAUUUUCAUGCAGUUGUAUCAUACGGGUCAUGUACAGGUUACAGAUACACCGAUUAAGGUACCGCCGGAACAAAUGAGCGCCGUUAGCCUCUUGGAUUUGGCACCACCAUUUGAAACACAUAAAAUCGGAGUACUAUAUGUUGGGCAGGGUCAAUGCAACAAUGUUGUCGAGAUUUUGAGAAAUUCCCACGGUAGUACUCGGUAUGUGGAGUUCUUGCGGGGUCUCGGGACAUUGGUUAGCUUGAAGGAGGCAGCACAAAAUAAUCUAUUUAUUACCCUGGAUACAUGUGGUGCGGAUGGAAAAUUCACCUAUGUCUGGAAGGAUGAUAUUGUGCAGGUAACUUUCCAUGUGGCCACCCUAAUGCCUACGAAAUUACAAAGUGACCCCAAUUGCAACGAAAAGAAGAAGCAUAUUGGCAAUGACUACGUCAACAUCAUCUACAACGAAAGUGGUGAAGAAUAUAACCUCAAUACCAUUUCGGGUCAAUUUAAUUAUGCCUGUGUCAUUGUGGAACCCUUGGAAUUAAAUACCAAUCGAAUUUAUGUGAAAGUACGUCCCGAGAUAGCCACAUUUGUUUAUCAUCCAGUACCGAAAAUUGUAUCGGAUAAAAGUGCCCCAUUGCUGGCAAGGCAAUUGGCAUUGCAUGCUAAUUUGGCCUCCAAUGUCUAUCAGAGUCUGCAAAAGAAAAAUCCCUAUGCUUCCAAUUGGCUGGAAAGAUUGCGUAGCAUUAAAAGACUUAGGACAAAGCUCAUAGAAAACCAGGUCCAAGGUGGUGCCACUGCCGCACAUGCCGAUAUUGAUGAUCGUUCUGCGGAAGCCUUAAAUAAACAAAACACAAAUCGUGAUUUUACAAAGUACACAUAA